AAAAAAAAAGAAAAGAGACGAGGAAAACACCUCCGACGAACACAUCUGAAACGCUCGACUGAAGAAGCCUCCUUCGACGCCGAAGCACGCCACCUCAACUUCCUCUCGCGCAGCCGCCGACCACCUCCGCCGACCUCAAUUUCUUGAACUGCUGGAAGCGUGGAUCCAUCCGGCCUCGGAUCGACUGUUCCUACUGUUGGCGAGGGGGGCCUAGUUUGCUUGGAUCAAUUUCUUCUGCCCCGACCCCGACCUGCAACCGCGAGCGGAGGAUGAACUGCGAGACCUGUCAACUGAAAGAGCUGGAGCUAGAACAGACGGAGAUCAGGGACGUGCUGCGAUGCAUUUUGCACACCAUAUUCUUCCAUAGAACCCUCAGCCUUGUUCGCCCCAAAGAUGUUGACUGUAAAAACCUUGAGAUCACAUACGUACAAUGUGGCCUACCAGAACUAGAAAAGGAAGUUGAUGAAAAGAUAGACUUGUUCACUGCUUGGGUGGAGAAGCACCCAAAUCGCAAAAGCCAAGUAUGCCUAUCCUUCUUCGACGAGAAACACAAACACCCAGGUUGGUUUGUCAAUAAAACAGAACGUAUUUAUUGGGAACAAUGGUUCAUCAAUUUGCAUGUCAUGAGCCCAAAAAGAUAUAACAAAUCAAACAGCUCUAAAGGGCUUACAAACAUUGGAGGAAAUGUCUUGGAGGAGACCAGCUCAAGGCGUGCUGCAUUGGUGUCAUUGCUUAACGAAGUGCUAUUCCAGAUCAUAAACUUUGCCAACGAGAAAAAGGACCACAUUCCGGCCAUCCCUGACAGAAUAUUCAAUCAUGAGAUCAUGAUCCCAAGGUGACCCCUUUUCCUUGGAAGUGUUGACAGCUCCUCGGAUUCUGUGUUUGGAUGGAACACCGACGCCUUUCGCAGAGUGCUGAAUAGUGGGCACCCGUACUCACUUUAGCUGAAGACGAAGACCGGUGCCGCCAUGCUGUGUGGAAGGUGCUCUGCUAACCACAUUAUAUGCUUAAGGAGAACUAGCGAUGUGUACAUAAUCGUGUAUGCUUAAGGAGAACUAGCUUGUAAAUAUUAUGUGUGAAUCUUAGUUUUUCAUUCCGAACAAGUUGCGUGUUCCGGACUGUGGUGACCAGAUGUUCAAUGCAGUAUCAAGUAUGGUUAAUUCACAUUGUUCUGUGGAUUUUGGUUGAA